UCCCUCUCUCCAACCGUUUGUUUCUUUAUUAAGCAUUUUCUCUCCCGGUUUCAGAUUCCACGUCCCCAUCUAUUCUAUUCUUCUUCCUUCCUUCCGAAGUCCAAAAUCUCCAUUUUUUUUUCCGCCGAUCCAAACACCCCUUUUCACACCUUUCCUGGAUCCUCAACUCGAUCUCUCUCUGUCUCUCUCACACACAUUUCUUUUUUUUACACAAAAUCACGCGCAUUGCAUCAGAUCUAAAAGAUUCAAUUUAUUUAUUCAUUUAAGCAAUUAAAAAUGGCUACAAUGGAGAGCUUGAUCGGUCUCGUAAACAGAAUCCAAAGAGCUUGCACUGUUCUCGGCGAUUAUGGCGGUGAAGGCAUGUCCCUCUGGGAAGCUCUUCCGUCCGUUGCUGUUGUUGGUGGCCAGAGUUCUGGAAAAUCUUCAGUUUUGGAAAGCGUUGUUGGCAGAGAUUUCCUUCCUCGUGGAUCUGGUAUUGUUACAAGGAGGCCACUGGUAUUGCAACUUCAUAAGAUAGAUGGCGGGUCUGAUUAUGCCGAGUUUCUUCAUGCGCCCAGGAAGAAGUUUACUGAUUUUGCUUCUGUCCGUAAGGAAAUCGCAGAUGAAACAGAUCGCAUUACUGGGAAGAGCAAGCAAAUCUCUAAUGUUCCAAUUCAUCUCAGUAUAUACUCUCCAAAUGUUGUCAAUCUAACCCUCAUAGAUCUUCCUGGUUUGACAAAGGUGGCUGUAGAGGGCCAGCCAGAGAGCAUAGUUGAAGAUAUUGAAAACAUGGUCCGUUCUUAUGUGGAGAAGCCCAACAGCAUCAUAUUGGCUAUUUCUCCUGCGAAUCAAGAUAUUGCCACUUCAGAUGCCAUAAAACUAGCAAGAGAAGUUGAUCCUUCAGGUGAAAGAACCUUUGGUGUGCUGACAAAGCUUGAUCUGAUGGACAAGGGAACCAAUGCUCUGGAUGUUAUUGAAGGGCGGUCAUAUAGGCUACAGCAUCCCUGGGUUGGAAUUGUUAAUCGUUCACAAGCUGACAUCAACAAGAAUGUGGACAUGAUUGCUGCCCGUCGGAAGGAGAGAGAAUAUUUUGAAACAAGCCCCGAGUAUGGACAUUUGUCCAGUAAAAUGGGUGCAGAGUAUCUUGCAAAACUUUUGUCCAAGCAUUUAGAGACAGUUAUCAGACAGCGGAUACCAAGUAUCAUUGCUCUAAUAAACAAGACUAUUGAUGAGCUUAAUGCAGAGUUGGACCGCAUUGGCAGGCCUAUUGCAGUAGACUCGGGGGCUCAGCUGUAUACGAUUCUAGAAUUGUGUCGUGCAUUUGACCGUGUAUUUAAGGAACACCUUGAUGGAGGGCGUCCUGGUGGAGAUCGAAUAUAUGGUGUUUUUGACCAUCAACUACCAGCUGCUUUGAAGAAGCUGCCGUUUGAUCGUCAUCUCUCUAUGAAAAAUGUGCAAAAAGUUGUUUCAGAAGCUGAUGGUUAUCAGCCACAUUUAAUUGCUCCAGAACAGGGAUACAGAAGACUAAUUGAUGGAUCCAUAAGCUAUUUCAAAGGACCGGCGGAAGCAACUGUGGAUGCAGUGCACUUUGUUUUGAAGGAACUUGUUCGGAAGUCAAUAGCUUUAACGGAGGAACUGAAGCGAUUUCCAACCCUUCAAUCUGACAUUGCUGCUGCUGCAAAUGAAGCUUUGGAGAGAUUCCGCGAUGAAAGCCGAAGAACAGUUCAACGCCUGGUUGACAUGGAGUCUAGCUAUCUUACUGUGGAAUUUUUCCGAAAGCUUCACCUAGAACCAGAGAAGAACACAAACACCAACCCAAAUCAACCAGGCCCAAAUGCGGAUCGUUACAAUGACAAUCAUUUCAGGAGGAUUGGAUCCAAUGUCAGUGCCUAUAUUGGUAUGGUUUGUGAUACACUGAGGAACUCCAUUCCGAAAGCUGUGGUUUAUUGCCAGGUUCGAGAGGCUAAGAGAUGUCUUCUGAAUAACUUCUAUGCUCAAGUUGGGAGGAGGGAGAAGGAGCGGCUUGGUGCAAUGUUGGAUGAGGAUCCACAACUCAUGGAGAGGAGAACCACCAUAGCUAAAAGGCUUGAGCUAUACAAGUCAGCUAGGGACGAGAUUGAUUCAGUUGCAUGGAAAUGAUAGGUAUUCUGGCACACGCCACGGCUCUCUCUUUUUCCCAGAAACAUAGCAGCCUAGAUUUUCUACGUCGGCAUACUCAUUGUACUGCUCCUUUUGUGUUUGACAAGAAUGAAACUCUACUCGUGCACAUUCCAGGCUAGAUUAAUUCGUUGAUGAUAAAACUGAUUCCAUAUUCUUUUUGUACUUUAUAAUAACGCGAAGAUUGUACACUGUGCAACUGUACGAUAGAGUUUUCUCAAUGAUUUCGCCUCAUAUGGUUGGGUUUGCUA